UCCGUUCUUCGCACUCUUUCUCCUUCCUCUCUCACUUCGCUGUAAAAUACCCCUCUCUCUCUCUCUCUCUCUCUCUCUCUCUCUCUCUCUCUCUUAGGGCGUUCGCCAUGGGGAACGCUCGUGAGAUCGCGGGGCUCCUCAUCGUCCUCCUCGUCGCGGUUGCUCCGACGCGCGCCUUCUAUCUCCCCGGAGUCGCUCCUCGCGAUUUCCAGCUGGAUGAUGAACUGCAGGUUAAAGUGAAUAAACUUUCAUCAACAAAGACACAACUUCCAUAUGAUUACUAUUUCUUGGAGUAUUGUAAGCCUCUAAAGAUAGUGAACAGUGCUGAGAAUUUGGGAGAGGUCCUUCGUGGUGACCGGAUUGAGAAUUCUGUAUAUGCAUUCAAAAUGGGAAGGGAUGAGAACUGCAAAGUAGCUUGUCGGGUGAAGCUCAAUCAAGAAGCUGCAAAGAAUUUCAAAGAAAAGAUUGAUGAUGAAUAUCGUGUGAACAUGAUCUUGGAUAACCUUCCUGUUGCAGUUCCUCGACAAAGGACAGAUGCAAGCCAAGCAACAAGCUAUGAACAUGGUUUUAGAGUUGGUCUUAAGAGUAAGGAUGGCAAGUAUUACAUAAAUAACCACCUGAGUUUCAAGGUCAGGUACCAUAAGGACCAAGAAUCUGAGGAUGCUCGUAUUGUUGGUUUUGAGGUGAUUCCAAUCAGUGUAAAGCAUGAAUACAACGACUGGGACGAUAAGAAUCCUAGAUUGGUAACGUGCAACCCCAACACGAAGAUAACUCCUGGCAGCAAUAACCUGCAGGAAGUAGCUGCUGACACGCACAUCGUAUUCUCGUACGAUGUCACCUUUCAGCCCAGCGAAAUCAAAUGGGCGUCUCGUUGGGACACGUACCUCCUCAUGAACGAUGAUCAGAUUCACUGGUUCUCGAUCAUCAACUCAUUAAUGAUCGUCCUAUUCCUCUCCGGCAUGGUUGCCAUGAUCAUGUUAAGAACUCUUUAUAAAGAUAUUGCAAACUACAAUCAGCUCGAUAGUCAAGAUGAAGCCCAGGAGGAGACUGGGUGGAAACUACUUCAUGGUGACGUAUUCAGGCCGCCUGUCCACUCCGGCCUUCUCUGUGUAUAUGUUGGGUCGGGCGUUCAGUUUUUCGGGAUGACACUAGUCACUAUGAUAUUUGCCCUACUAGGUUUCCUCUCUCCCUCCAACCGCGGGGGCCUAAUGACUGCCAUGGUUCUUCUCUGGGUCUUUAUGGGCCUGUUUGCUGGAUAUGCGUCAGCCCGUCUCUAUAAAAUGUUCAAAGGCACUGACUGGAAGAAAAUAACACUUAAAACUGCGUUCAUGUUCCCCGGCAUCAUCUUCACCAUAUUCUUCUUUUUAAAUGCUUUAAUCUGGGGGGAGAAGUCAUCGGGUGCAGUUCCUUUUGGGACCAUGUUUGCCCUAGUUCUACUAUGGUUUGGUAUUUCUGUGCCAUUAGUCUUUGCUGGAAGCUUCCUCGGAUACAAGAAACCGGCAAUUGAGGAUCCUGUGAAAACCAACAAAAUCCCUAGGCAAAUCCCUGAGCAGGCAUGGUACAUGCAGCCAUUGUUCUCCAUCCUGGUUGGCGGUAUUCUCCCCUUCGGCGCUGUUUUCAUCGAGCUCUUCUUUAUCCUCACAUCCAUCUGGCUGAACCAAUUCUACUACAUCUUCGGGUUCCUCUUUAUAGUAUUCCUUAUUCUUCUUGUGACGUGUGCGGAGAUCACGAUCGUUCUUUGCUACUUCCAACUGUGCAGCGAGGACUACCACUGGUGGUGGAGGGCGUAUUUGACUGCAGGUUCCUCCGCAAUUUACCUCUUUGCCUACUCAAUCUUCUAUUUCUUCACGAAGCUGGAGAUCACAAAGGUCGUUUCGGGCAUUCUCUACUUUGGGUACAUGUUGAUCGGGUCCUAUGCUUUCUUCGUUCUCACAGGGACUAUUGGCUUCUACUCGUGCUUCUGGUUUGUGCGGAAAAUCUAUUCCUCUGUGAAGAUCGAUUGAUGAGGAUGAUGGGGGCAGAGGUGUGCUUUUGGAUGGUUCUAAAAGCAUCUGGACAUAGUUGAGGGUUUUCUACAGAGAUGGGAGGAUUGGGAGAGAAGUUUCAUAGGAAGGUUCGCAAAAUUUGAGUACUUAGAGAUUAGUAAUUUUGGUUGGAGGCAAGAUAAUGUGGUAAUUUCUGGUAGUUAUUAUAACUAAAACAUGUUUUCUCUUGUUUCUCUUUUCUGUGUUGUAACGUCUCCAAAUUUUCAUUGUUCCUAAGUUUUAUCAGUGGCUAGCAAAGGUUAAAUAGGAAAAUCUUUGCUGUGGAGCCGCAUGAAUCGUAGGCAUCUUGUUUCA